AUGCAUCUACGAGCAACAUUUUUGGUCAACUGCUGGCAGACUCUUCUGGCACCAACAUCCACAACAAGAGUCCAACUGAGAACCGUUGUCUCCCUUCUUGUCAACAAAAAGCCAGCGAGACAACGGUUCUCAGUCGUCCUCGUUCCAAGAAGAGAGCGGACACCUAGCCCGGCCGCACCGCCCCAGGUUCAGGCUUUUAUCGAGCAGGAAUCGCCAGAGAAGAAGAGCCGACGCAGAAAAGCGGCCUCCCGCCACAGGAGGUUCCAAAGAAAUCAGCAGAUAUCGGCAGAGCGGCCACGAACAAAAAGACAAACGGGUAUGAGAAUCAGCAAAACGAUGUCGAACUCCGCAAAGCGCGCCUCCGGGAGUCUUGUCGUCAAGAACUAUCACCAAGAUAUCAUCGUCUCUAUGGAACGUGCUCUUCCAACGCAUCUAUGUCGGCUAUGUGGCCAUUUCGACAGAUACCUGGCGGCCGGCCAGCCUUCCACCCCACCCAACUGGCGGCAGAGCAGACAUCCCUAUUAUGAGAAAGAUAUCACUCAGAAAGAAUCGGACCUUCGAUAUGGGUGCCGCCGUCGCGACCUAUCCCUCCUCCGCGGAGCUUUGGCCUGGCCCAGGGGUCUGCAGGCAGGUGACGGCCAACACAUCGCACCUUUGCGGAAACCCCGUCAUUUAGUCAGAGAACAUGUGUAUGCAAUGUGA